AUGGGGUUGCAGGAGAGGUUGUGGAUGUGUGGCCAGGGUCUGAAGAAGUGGGGUGGAGACCACUUUCAAAAAUUUGGGUCCAGGAUUGACACUAUAAGGCGGGAUAUGAAUGCUUUGAGAGGCCGUAUGGACUCGGUUUCUUUGGGGCAGUUUAGACAGUUGGAUGGGCAGUUGUGUUCCAUCUUGUCGCAGGAGGAGACUUUCUGGAAACAAAGGGCCAAACAGCACUGGCUGCAGGGUGCGGAUAGAAAUACAAAGUUUUUCCAUCAGUACGCCACGUACCGGAAAAGGAAGAACUUUGUUAUGAAGCUUAAAGAUGAGAAUGGGGCUUGGAAGGAGGGGGAUGGCCUAACUUCGCUGGUCACGAGUUAUUAUGAGCAGAUAUUCCAGUCCAGCGGCGGGUCCGGGGCGUUUCACGUGGAUACCCUCACACCACGUGUCACGCGUGAGCAAAACGAUGAUCUUCUUCGUCCGUUCGAGCCUGAGGAGGUGAAGCGCGCCUUGUUUUCCAUGGGGAAAGAUAAGUCACCAGGGCCGGAUGGCAUGAAUCCGGGCUUCUACCAGGCAUUCUGGGAUCUCAUUGGUAAGGAUGUUACUGAUUUUGUACUUAAUUGUUUAUCUCAAUCAUCCUUUCCCCUAGAGCUGAAUGAUGCGAAUAUUGUUUUAAUACCUAAAAAGGCGGCCCCUGAGUUUGUUGCGGAUCUAAGGCCGAUUGCUUUGUGUAAUGUGGUUUAUAAACUAAUGGCCAAGAUGAUUGCUAAUCGUAUGAAACCGCUACUUGAUAAUAUUAUUUCGGAGUCGCAGAGUGCCUUUCUGCCAAGUAGGCUCAUCUCGGACAAUAUCCUUAUUGCGUCUGAGGUUGGUCACUACUUACGAAGGAAACAGCUAGGGCGUGUAGGUUGGGCGGCCCUCAAAUUGGAUAUGGCUAAGGCCUAUGAUCGAAUGGAGUGGUCAUUUGUGGAACGCAUGUUAUUGGGACUGGGUUUUGAUGGAAAAUGGGUCAGUCUAAUCAUGCUCUGUGUACGGACAGUCAGGUACAGGGUGCUGGUGAAUGGGAAGCCGAGUAAGGAAAUAAUCCCAUCUAGGGGUUUAAGGCAGGGGGACCCAUUAUCUCCAUAUCUUUUUAUUAUAUGUGCAGAAGGCUUGUCCCUUUUGUUGCAGGAUGCCCAGACUAAAGGACGAAUACAUGGUUGCAGGGUAGCUCGUGGGGCUCCACCUAUCUCGCAUCUUUUCUUUGCGGAUGAUAGUCUGCUCUUCUUUAAAGCAAAUAUGCAGGAAACUUUGGAGGUGAAACGUUGCUUAACGGUUUAUAAGAAAUUUUCAGGGCAAUCUGUUAAUUUUCAUAAAUCCAAUAUCUCUUUUAGCCGGAAUACUGUUCUGGGGGACAGGAAUGAUAUUGCUAAUGGAUUAGGAGUUGAGCAAGCUGAGGAUUUUGGGAAGUAUCUGGGUCUCCCCUCUGUUAUUGGGAGAAACAGGAAAGUGGUUUUCUCUUAUGUUGAGAAAAAAUUGAGGCAGAGGUUUGGCUCCUGGAAUAAGAGACUGUUAUCUGUGGCAGGUAAAGAGGUGUUACUGAAAAGUGUUGCACAGGCAAUGCCAACCUACACUAUGAGUAUCUACCUGUUGCCUAUGACUCUAUGUGUAUCUCUGGAAAGACUGAUGAAUAGAUACUGGUGGGGCAAAAGUAAUGUGGUAGACGGUAUUCACUGGAUGGCCUGGGACAAGAUGUGUGUACCCAAGAAGCAUGGAGGUAUGGGUUUUAAAAGGCUGCAUGAGUUUAAUUUGGCUCUCCUAGGAAAGCAAGGGUGGAGAAUGUUGACCUGCCCGGACUCUUUAGUGGCCAGGAUCUUUAAAGCAAGGUAUUUUCCUAACACUACUUUUUAUGAGGCCACGCUUGGUGGUAACCCAAGUUAUGUGUGGAGAAGCAUUAUCGCCAGCCAGGACCUUGUUCGAAGUGGUUGCAGGCUUAGAAUUGGCAACGGAAGAAUGACUAGAGUCUGGGACCACCCCUGGUUGCCUGAUUCCCAUGACCCUUUCGUUCACUCAGAUCAGCCCGCGCAACAUCCUGAUUUGAUGGUGGCAGAUUUGAUAAAUUAUGACCAGGGGAUUUGGAAUCAGGAAUUAAUAUCGCAAAUCUUUAUUCCCAGGGAUGCUGGCUUAAUUUUACAAACCCCGGUGUGUGUCGAUUUUAAAGAUGAUUGGUACUGGACGGGUGAUAUUAGGGGAAUGUAUACGGUCAAGAACGGUUACAGGCGGCUUGGGGAGAUUAAUGCCCCAUGUGAUGCAAUAUGGAAUAACAUUUGGAAAUUACAGUGGGUGGAGCUUUGGCUUGGGAACUCAGCAAUAUCUGCUGGUUUUCUAAAAGAUCAAAUAUGUGGAAUACUCUACGAAAUAUGGAGGGCCCGGAACAUGGCGGUUUGGGAUCUCGCGUUGCCUUCCCCAAUACAUCUUUGCGUCUCAUUUCACCGCACCUGGUCCGCCUGGACCAAGUCUACUGUCCACGGCAGUGUUGCGCCCUUGCCGAGCCAUAUUACUGCUCUGCCGUCACCAGCGUCCGAGGUGCUGCCUGCCAUGCAACAUGAAGAUGCCGCGUCACUCCCCCAUGAUGCCGUACUAUGCUCUACGGACGCCGGGUUCUAUGGAUCCCAACACGCCCCAACGUUCGGCUUCUAUGUGCGUAGCCCGGAAGGUGUUUUUAUUGCAGCGGUAAAUGGCCCACUCUCUUGCCCAUAUGAUCCUCUUUUAGCCGAAGCUAUGGCAAUACAGAACAAUUCGGAGUUGUUUGCAGCACCUCCUGGUGUGGAUUUGCCUACUGCCCAAACAGCUCCACCAGUUCCUCCUGCGGAGGUGUCUACCCCUGCUCAGGUACAACCGGUUGUGGAUGGUGUGCAUGUUGGGUCUCCACUAGUUGCCCCCGUUGUGGUGCCCAUCCCAGCUCAAGUUCAGCCGCCCUUGAGUGGGGCGCAAGUGGGGUCCGUUGCUGAUGGUGUGGCUGUAUUCCCAUCUCUGAACACUCGCGCAUCGCCAAAGCACCUGGUUUCGCAAUUAAAGUGGUUAAAUGCCAACGGAAAGCCGUGA